GAGGCUUCAGUGAGUGUGUGUGACCAGGGACACACACACACACACACACACACACUCUGUCUCUCCUGUAAACACUGACUUCAUUUAAACUUUUUAUUCGUAAAUACAUCAACAUGGACCUGGACCCGAGCGUCAUCUUUCCCGCCAUCCUCUUCACCGUGGUCGCUCUUUAUUUCGCCUCCUCGUUCCUCCGUAAGAAGACCGACUCCUCCUCCUCCUCUCCCGCCGGGGCUAAGAAGUCCACGCCCGGCUACGGAGACGAUGUCCCUCCGUCCAGAGCUCUGGGAGAGCCGCUGCGGUCCGAGCCUCCAAUCUCACCGGGACCAGAGCCUCCAGCUCCGGCUGUACAUGACGUCGGAGCCGCUGACAAGAUCCUGGUCUCACCGGAUAAGACUGUCCUGGAAACUGCACCAGAACCAGAACCUGUCCCAGAAACAGAACCUGCACCAGAACCUGUCCCAGAACUAGAACCAGAACCUGUCCCAGAAACAGAACCUGCACCAGAACCUGUCCCAGAACUAGAACCAGAACCUGUCCCAGCACCAGAACCUGUCCCAGCAUCAGAACCUGUACCAGAACCAGAACCUGUCCCAGCACCAGAACCCGAACCAUCCCCAGCCCCAGCAUUAGAACCAGAACCUUCCCCAGCACCAGAACCUUCCCCAGCAUCAGAGCCUAUCCCAGAACCAAAACCUACCCCAGAACCAGAAUCUGUCCCAGAAACAGAACCUGUCUCAGCACCAGAACCAGCAACAGUCCCAGAACCAGCACCAGAACCUGUCUUAAAUCCUGUCCUAGCACCAGAACCUGUUCUGGAACCUGUCAUAGAUGCAGCACCAGAACCAAUUCCAGAACCAGCACCAGAACCUAUCCUAAAUCCAGAAUCAGCAUCAGUACCUGUGCCAGAAACCUUAAAAGACCCAAAGCCUGUUCCAGAACCACUCACAUCUGUUCCAGAACCAGAGCCAGCUCUGAAACCAGUCAAAGAUUCAGAGACAGAACCAGUUUCAGCACAUACAAUUACUGUUGUACCAGAACCUGCUGUGGUCCAUGAACUAGCUGCAAUCACAGAACCAGUCCCAGAAUGUGCUUCAGUCCCAGAACCAGUAUCGGUGCCUGAGCCAGUCCCAGAAUGGGCUUCAGUCCCAGAACCAGUAUCUGUGCCCGAACCAGUGCCAGAACCUUCUGCAGUCCCAGAACCAGAACCUGCUUUGCCUGAGCUGGUGUCUGAAGCGGUCCUGCAGCCUGUGGACGAGCAGGUCCCUGAUUCCACUGGAGGUCUGUCCAACCCUGGACCUGGAUCUGGUGAAGACCUUGGACCAGAGACCAGCGGGGACAACGACGACAAAGUCACCUUCACUGUGGGGAAGAAACAGAGCAAGUUUGAGACGCUGAUGACCAAAGAGGAGAUUGAGGAGGAGCAGAGGGUGCAACAGGAGCAGCUGGCGGCCAUCUUCCUGCUGCUGAGGGAGAACCAGGAGGCGCUGGGGGAGGUGACGGAGGGAGACAUGGAGGAGCAGUUGAAGCUCUACUCGCUCUGAGCAUCACAAGCUGGGCGUGUCCUCGUCUCCAAACUCAAACAUCGCUCUGUCCUUUUGUUUGUCAACGAUAUUCAGGGUUUGUUUAUAAUAAAUUUCAUUAAUUUAA